AUGUCUUCUACUCCAGCUUCGUCCACCACUACCCUCGUCACCAACGACGUCGUCACCAAUGCCGCCUCUGGUGACAAGAUCGAAAACAAGGCCAGUAAGACUCCUGACUCGGAAACAAAGGACAGACCUGCGACCGCCACAGCCCAGGCGAGUGACCUCUCAUCCGACACCGGGUUCGCGAAAGCGGCAAAAAAGCAGGGAUGGGCAUCCGCUACGAUGUACAAGCCUUCUUUCAGCUAG